AGCCCGGCCGACGAGCUCUUUAUAACGUGCGGCCGCGCCGGCACACUCCAGUCUGUGUUGGCCGAGUUCACAGCGCCGUCACCCACACGCCUACCAAAAUGAUGACCAAGACCGUCGUUGGGCUGUGCCUCGUGGCCGCCCUGUGCCUCGGCUUCUCCUCCGCCGCCACCUUCGACGGCGUGGACGUCGCCGCCCUCCUCAAGAACGACACGGCUGUGCAGUCCUACGUCAAGUCAGCGGGUGGAAACUCGCUAGGGUACCGAUGCGGGGCGACAAGUUCGUCUGCUGGCCGUGGCGCCCCGAGCGGACCGAUCCCGUCCCGGUCCCAGCCCCACCUAGCGAGUUUCCACCCGCUGGUCAAGUGCAUCCUCGGCACCGGCGAGUGCAGCGAGUCCGCCAAGCGCCUCCAGGCCAUCGUCCCCAACGCCCUGCAGCAGAAGUGCUCCCAGUGCACCGAGCAGCAGAAGAUCAUCAUCGGCACCAUCGUCGCCAAGAUGCAGAAGAGCUUCCCCGCCGACUGGGAGAAACUCCUCCAGAAGUACGACCCCGAAAAGAAGCACCGCGAGAACAUCCUCGCCCUGGCCAAGGCCGUGCCCACCGGUCUGCCCGCCACCACCCCCAAGCCCAAGUAAGGCGCCACGCCCUACGACGCGCAGCACCACCAGCACCGCCAGCAACGCCGCCAGCGGAGUCAACCCGGCCACCUCACUCCCGGUGACGCGACGCGGUGACGCGGUGACGCAGCGCGGUGUCACUUGGGUGUCACUCGGGUGUCAUCUGGGUGUCGCUUGGGUGUCGCUGCGGCGCCACCGUCACUUCCAAGCCAAAUAAGAGGUUGCCACUCCCGGGGGCUGCGGCCGGCCUCAGGACGCCUCAGGACUGCAACAACAACACGGGUACGCGUCCAAGUUCCGCCCGGAUCCGACACCACCUGGAGCCGGACCCCGAGAACCUGGACGCCCAUCGAACCACACGGACCUACGAGUAUCACGCAUGGAUGUCACACAUCAUGAGAAAUAAAAAAAAAUUCGCUUGAAUUCCUCUGCUAUGCAUUAUA